GAGAGAAGUGAGCGGUUCCAGGUAUAUUAGGAAGCGAAAUUCGACGGGGCUGGUGACAGAAAAAUAACCGUACUGCCAAUAAGGAGAGCAUGGAGAAGAAACAGGACGCAUGUUGAUAAAAGACCAGUUUAUUUUGCUCCUUAGCCCUGUCGCCUCAAUAGACGGAGAUGACAGUAAGACGAGGGGCGGGGCAGGCGCCCACGGAAAUCCGGGCACUUUUAUUUCCAGUGGGUGGACGUCACCGGAGAGCGGAAUAAAGAACACAAGGCACUUCCGAUUACUCCGGAAGUGAAGACUCCUAAGCUCCUCCGCCGGCGGAGGGCCAGGUUGAAGGGAUGGCCGGGCGGACGGCGCGGCUGGUACUGCUAGCUGGGGCAGCCGCGCUAGCAAGCGGCUCCCAGGGCGACCGCGAGCCAGUGUACCGCGACUGCGUGCACCGGUGCGAGGAGCGGAACUGCUCGGGGGGCGCACUGAGGCACUUCCGCUCCCGCCAGCCAAUCUACAUGAGUCUAGCAGGCUGGACCUGUCAGGACGACUGUAAGUAUGAGUGUAUGUGGGUCACUGUUGGCCUCUACCUCAAGGAAGGUCACAAAGUGCCUCAGUUCCAUGGCAAGUGGCCCUUCUCCCGGUUCCUGUUCUUCCAAGAGCCAGCUUCUGCCAUGGCCUCUUUCCUCAACGGUUUGGCCAGCCUGGUGAUGCUCUGCCGCUACCACACGUCCGUGCCGGCCUCCUCCCCCAUGUACCCCACCUGCGUGGCCUUCGCCUGGGUCUCCCUCAAUGCUUGGUUCUGGUCCACAGUCUUCCACACCAAGGACACCGACCUCACAGAGAAAAUGGAUUACUUCUGUGCCUCCACCGUCAUCCUGCACUCCAUCUAUCUGUGCUGUGUCAGGACUGUGGGGCUGCAGCACCCGGCCGUGGCCAGCGCCUUCCGGGCCCUCCUGCUGCUGCUGCUGACCGCGCACGUCUCCUACCUGAGCCUCGUCCGUUUCGACUAUGGCUACAACCUGGCGGCCAAUGUGGCUAUUGGCCUGGUGAACGUGGUGUGGUGGCUGGCCUGGUGCCUGCGGAACCGGCGGAGGCUGCCGCACGUGCGCAAGUGCAUGGUAGUGGUCCUGCUGCUACAGGGCCUGUCCCUGCUUGAACUGCUCGACUUCCCGCCUUUCUUCUGGGUCCUGGAUGCCCAUGCCAUCUGGCACAUCAGCACUAUCCCCGUCCACGUCCUCUUCUUCAGGUGGGUGCUUCUCCCCGCCCACUGGGCACCUUCUUUGUGCCCAUCCUCACCUGCUCCUUGGAGGAGACCGAGGCCUCGCCCCCUGCGGGCUUGCCUAUACUCACCCCCACGGGGUGCUUUCAAAGCCAGACCUCAGUGGGCUCCUCCCUCUGCCCACAGCUUUCUGGAAGAUGACAGCCUGUAUCUGCUGAAGGAAUCAGAGGCCAAGUUCAAGCUGGACUGAAGGCCCUGGGAGCGGUCUGCCCCACUGGGGAUCCUGCCCUCUCCCUGCUGGCUCCCCUUCUCCCCAUAAUCCUUGAGAUGAUUUUUUCCUUUUAACAUCUUGAACUUGGACAUGAAGGGUAUGGGCCCAGAAUCAUGUAACUGCCCAUCCCCUUGCUCGCCCCCACAUGGCCCUCACAGGUACUCGGAGUCUGUUCAGGCUUGGCCUGUCAGCAUCUGGGGUUGGAGAAGGGUUCCGGGAGAACUGACGUGGAACUGCGUUCUUAGCUCCACUGAGAGGAGAGCUGCCUCUGCCUCUCCGUCAGCCUCUUCCCUCACCGCCUGGGUGGUUCCCACAGCUGUCUGUCCAGCUGGGAGACCAGGUUCCACAGGCCUUUGGGGACACAGUGGGGCCCCUUCCAUUACCCCCUGUCCUCCUUCAGGGCACCACUAGGUGGCACUAGACUCUUGCUCUUUGGCUGCCCAAGUUCCAAGGCAGGUCUCCUCCCCUUGGGAUCUUGACGAACCAAGCUGCUGGGAUUGGGCAGUGGUCUCACCAGGACUGUUGUCUCAGCCAGAUCCCCAGGAGCCUGCACGUGAGUGUGUAAGGGAGCGAGAACUAGACUGAGAGCAUUGGGCAUUGGACUCAGCGCGUGGGAUGCUGGGUGGGAUGGUGUAUGAGCCUGUGUGGAGAGUGGGGUGGGACGGGAGUGGUUUGAAAGUGUGUGUUGCAAGACGAGCGGGGGAGUGUGGGUCAGGGCAGUAUGCAUAGACUGGGUGUGAGGUGGGUGUGAGUGCGGUGAGUGUACCACGCAGUGGGGGGAGGUUGGAGAAAAAUGGGGGAUCAAGUUACCACCACCAUCUAUCUAUUGAGCACCAGCUCCAGGGCCCCAGGCCAGGCAGGGAGCCAGGAUAUCCUCAAGGUCUGGCUCGGCGGGGUACGGGUGUCCAGGCUGCAUGUGGGUGUCCCUGUCCAUGGCCCCCACUUUACAGUCCACCUCCAAAUCUCAGAGGACCCACGCACAACUCAGAUCACCCUCCAGAACCAGCCUCUCGGGAGGCAGAGGGAGGAAGGGAUCGUGGGGGCCUCUCCAGCCUUUCUGUCACCAAGGCUUUGUUGCCCCCCCCCCCAGUGCCCUACCUGCUAAGCCCCUUUGUCACAGCCUGGACCUUGGGAAGGGGGGGCAAUCUGAGGGAGUAGGGGGAGAAGGCCUGUGGCUGGGUCCGGUUUCUGGCCUUCCCAGAGGCAGGCAGGGGCCACCCUGUAUCUGCACCCCGGUAAAGGUGACCCCUGCUAGUAGCCAGCGGCCCGAACACGUUCCUGCUCCACAAGGAUAGAAUGUGGGGCUCCAGAAACUUUCCAUCCAAAGGCAGUCUCUGCGAUUGGAGCAGGGAGCCUGGAUUCUUACUCUUUCCCUGCCCCCUUGUCCCUCCCUGUGGUGUAGAGGUGCUAUGCUAGGACUCCAACCUCAGACUUGGGUGGCCCAUGUUUCUUUUGAUACUGAGAACUAUUUUAAGGUAGGAGGAUAGCAAGGGACAUUCUUAAUAAACCAAUUCUCAGCCUCACCUACCCUUGUUCAGCUCAUCUG